AGUAUGGGGAGGCCACCUUGUUGUGAUAAAAUAGGUAUCAAGAAAGGUCCUUGGACUCCUGAAGAAGAUAUCAUUUUAGUCUCUUAUAUUCAAGAACAUGGUCCUGGAAAUUGGAGAUCAGUCCCUACUAAUACUGGGUUGAUGAGAUGCAGCAAAAGUUGUAGGCUAAGGUGGACAAAUUACUUGAGGCCAGGAAUCAAAAGGGGGAAUUUCACUCCACAUGAAGAAGGAAUGAUUAUUCAUCUUCAAGCUUUGUUGGGUAACAAAUGGGCAGCUAUAGCUUCAUAUCUACCACAAAGGACAGACAAUGAUAUCAAGAAUUACUGGAACACGCAUCUAAAGAAGAAACUCAAGAAAUUCCAAACAGAAUUGGAUUCACAUAAUAAUUUGCCUCUUCCUCCUCCUAAUUUUGACAAUUCUAGCACUAAUAACUAUGAUCAUCAUCAAUUCUCAAAGUUAUUAAACUCUCCAAAUUCUUCAUCAUCAUCAUCAUUGUAUGCUUCUAGUACAGAAAAUAUUUCAAGACUUCUAGAAGGUUGGAUGAGAUCUUCCCCUAAUCCUUCUAGAAGAAACAAUAUUGAUCAUGAUGAAAUGUUGCAUGAGGCACAAAAAAAUCAAGAUCAAGAUGGAGGAGUUAGCAAUGAUGAUGUUGUAACAAUUCCAAAUGAGAAAUCAAGUUAUAAUAUUAAUUGUGAAAGUAGUGAAGUUGUUACACAUGAAAAGGCAAGUCCUCCUCCAUUCACAUAUCUUGAAAAGUGGCUACUAGAAGAAAAUGGUGGUCAAGUUGAAGAACUCAUGGAACUUCCAAUGAUAUUCACAUAAUAAUACCAAUUAUUUUCUCUAUAAUUAUAACUUAUGACUACUUUUUUUCUUCUUUUCUUGUGUGGAGUUUAUUUGGGGGCAUGCAUUCAUGGCCUAUUAUUUGAAGAAAGCGUAAUAGCUUACUGGUCCAUGAGCGGCAUAUAAUAGCUUACUAGCUCAGUAUUCAAGUGAUUCAUCAACAGAAAUGAUGAGAUCUUGAAAAUUGCUUUUUCAAGUGUUAUUAGCAGAACGUUCUGCCAAUCAAGGAAGGUUUUUAGCUUCAUGGCAUGGGAAAUGUAUUAAUGCUCAAGUGAUUCAAUCGAAGUGAUGAGAUCUUGAAAGCUGCUAGUUCAAGUGUAUGUAGUGAAAUGUUAUGUCAAUCGAAUAAUGUUUCUGAUGACAGGACCUGGACGAAGUCCUUAGAUGUGUGUGAAGUUUUAACUUUUAAGUUAACAUAUAGUUCUAAUUUUAUGUAACUUUUCUAAUUUGAUGUUAAAAUAAGCUCCAAUAUUAUAGCUUU